CAACUCAUAUUAUAAAUAAAAUUAUUCUUCUAAGAUUGCACUCAGUCUUCAAGAGUAGUUGAAGACGAUUGAUUAAUCAAAGAUGUGCUCCAAGGUUUAUCUGCUAGUUUUCCUUAUCUCUACACUGACUUCUUUGUCUAUUGGAGAAGGUCUGUUCCCUCAAAGCUCGAGGCAUGUCAGAGCUGCUCUAAAAAUACCAGUUGGUCAGAUCAGUGCAAAAAAAUGUGAGGAAUACUCGAAAUUAGUGAAAAACAACGAAUGCACUCAUUUCAACCCAGACAAACCAUGGGACUAUGAAGCUAAAUCUGGAGAGUUUCCUCACUUGGCCCUAUUGAACAUUGAAGGAGAUGACAAACUCUAUUGCGCUGGAAGUCUCAUUAGUGACAAAUUUGUACUCACUGCUCCCUACUGUCCGAUCCAUUUGGAGAAAAAAAAUGGCAAUGGCACAUUUUGGGUACGUCUUGGUGAGAACUCGCUUGAGCCGACAACGAAAAGUGCUCUGAGACUAAAAGUUGUCAAAUACCACAACCACCCUGAAUACAGCGAUACCAAUAACAAGAGGGAAAAUUACAUGAGUCUUCUAGAGCUGGAGAAGAGUGUACAAUUUGAUGAGACGAAGCGACCUGCCUGUUUGAAUACCGUAAAAGAAAUAGUUGAGCCUGUUUUUGUGUCCGGCUGGGGAAUAAGUGCUGAAAAUCGCGGUAUUAAAUCCAAGACUUUGCUGAAAACUGUGUUGGAGAUUUCUAAGGUGAAUGAAAAGCCAUUGAACGUCGACCCUGACAGUCCCAUGCUCAUACUCACCAAACCUAAACCUGGCAAAAAGGAUGCUUGCAUGGGAGAUAGUGGAGCUCCUGUGAUGACAAAUUUGAAGAGCCAUCCGUGCAUGUACAACAUUGUUGGUGUGGUAGCCUAUGGUGGCAGGUGUAGCCAAGACCAGACUGCCAGUGCAAGGGUGUCCAACUACAUUCAGUGGAUCGAGAGCAUCGUAUGGCCUGAAGGGUAUUAAGGGCCUAAGGGCAUUAAGGACUUCUAAGGGCAUUAAGGAGGAUCUGAAAUCGCAUUUCAAAUCAAUUCAGGAUUGAUAGAACUAAACUAUGAGCAGAAUAAUAGCUGUGUAAUAAUGUUGAUUGAUCACACAAUUUAUAUUUUUAGAUAAUGAGAAAAGUAUUAUUAAAAUCACAAUAUGUUGCCUUUUCACUUGAA